GCACCAGGUAGGCCUCGCUGGCCUCCUGCAGGGCGCCAAUGGCCGCGCUCUGGAAGCGCAGGUCCGGCCUGAUGGCCCGGGCGAUCUCGCGCACCAGGCGCUGGAAGGGCAGCUUGCGCAGGAGCAGCUGCGUGGACUUCUGGUACUUUCUGAUUUCCCGCAGCGCCAGGGUGCCAGGCUUGUAGCGGUGAGGCUUCUUGAUCCCUCCUGUAGGCGGCGCCCUUUUUCUGGCGGCUUUGGUGGCCAGGGGCUUCCUGGGGGCCUGCCAGGCGGUGGCUUUGCGGACGGUCUGCUUGGUGCCUGCCAUGUUGUGGGGCCUUGUGCUCUCUCCUCUCUGAGGCUGAGCCUGGCCUGCUGCAGGCAGUACUGGCGUCAGAAAACAAGGGCAGUGGUGCUGUGGACAGGAUUCAGAAAGCCUAUUAACUUUGUGAGAUUCCAGGUAUCAUGGAGACCAUGUAGUGUUUGUAUUCUUAUGCCUGGCUUAUUUCAAUGCCUGGCAUUGAAUUCUGCCACUAACUCGAAUGAGAUCGAAGCCAGACCCUUCUCAGAUGAAGGUGACGACGACACAGCCAGACCCAUCCUAGAGGUCCCUUAUGUGACUCUGAGCUGGAGGAAGUCACUUGGCCUAGCAGAACUUCUGACCUAUCCAUAAUCGAACCACCCCAGCCAAAACUUCUGCCUGUACAGCUGCUGUCACGGAGCAGACUUGAAUCUCACCCAUGGAGACAGGCAGGCAAAGAGAUGCCUCUGCUGAGAUGUUCGCCAUGCCCCGAGGUCUGAAGGGCAGCAACAAGGAAGGAAUCCCUGAGGACCUACAUGGGAACUUGGAAGAACCCAGGGAUCAGGAAGGUGAGCUCAGGAGUGAGGAUGUCAUGGACCUCACAGAAGGUGACAAUGAAGCGUCAGCCUCAGCUCCUCGUGCAGCCAAAAGACAGAAAACAGAUACCAAGGGGAAGAAGGACAGGAAGCCCACCGUGGAUGCAGAGGAGGCUCAGAGGAUGACAACCCUGCUUUCUGCCAUGUCUGAGGAGCAGCUGGCCCGCUACGAAGUGUGUCGCCGGUCAGCUUUCCCAAAAGCACGCAUUGCAGCUCUGAUGCAGUCCAUCACUGGCAGAUCGGUGUCUGAGAACACCGCCAUUGCUAUGGUUGGAAUAGCCAAGGUCUUUGUUGGAGAGGUGGUGGAAGAGGCCCUGGACGUGUGCGAGAUGUGGGGAGAAGUGCCCCCGCUGCAGCCCAAGCAUUUAAGGGAGGCUGUUCCCAGGUUAAAGCCCAAGGGCCUCCUCCCCAACCGCAACUACAAAAAAAUCAUGUUCUAGGCCCAAGGCCAGAGGGAAGGGUCUGUUUGUGCAGGAAUCAGUAUCGCAUUCAUCUUCCAAUGACAGGACUGCAUUUGCUGGAGCUUCCUUAUCUCAGUCCACCCUGGAUUUACCCACGAUCUUAGUGUCUGAAACUGUGAAGUUGACCUUACCUAGGUGAAGACAGCAGGUUGUUUCACAGGAGCCUUGGCUAAAUGUUUGGACAUUUUAAUGGUAUGUUGAGGUAUUUUUCUCUGUCUUUCUAGUUGGAAGAAUCAAGGUGCUUGUGCCUAGAGCAUCCUGUGGACAGGUAGCUGCAUUCAGAGAGGGAAGCCCUUCCCAGGAGAUUUGUAUGGUUUCCUGCUGAAGCCAGGUGUAGCUGUGUCUUAGCUUGUAUGCUUAUAUCUGGGUUUCAGUAAUUGAAGCUUCCAGAAAUGUUUCCCAAUUGUUGUUCUUCUGUACAUUUUCAAUGCUCAUAUGUAUUUUUGUGAGUCAUCACAAAAGCAGUUAAACUGUUUUCCAAACUGCAGAAA